CUGGGCGUGGCGGGGCGCGCAGCGGGACACGAGCAGGCCGGCAGCCCGCCGCUGCCCAGCGCCAAGAUGGCGUCCAUGCUGCUGCAGAGCUGCGGCCGGCGGGCCUGCGGCCUGCCUCGCGCGCUGCGCCGCCAGGCCCCGCUGGGUGAGCCUCCCGCGGCCAGGAGGGAAGCGCAGCCCUGCGGCGCCGGAGGGACUGAGGAAAGAACGGGGGAGGGAGGAGGCGCCCUGGGGGCUCGCGGUAACUUGGGAGAUCGCGCUUGUCUUAGUUGUACAUCCCUGAGGUUGGCAAACAAAAUGACUGUACACUUUAAAUAUUGCACUAGUGUCGCUCCUGUUUACGCAUACUCCAAGAAAGAUCCCUACUGUUGUUGGACUAAAGGAUCGGAACGAAUGUACUUUACUCUUAUGAGCUCUUCUGGCUCAUGGACGCCACUGGCAGCCAUGGGUGUUUUAGGACCCCAGUAUCUUCCAGUGAGGUGGUUGCAUUCUUCACGUUCCCUUCAAGAUGACUCCAUAGUUGAAAAGUCUCUGAAGUCCUUAAAGGACAAAAACAAGAAGUUGGAAGAAGGAGGUCCUGUAUAUAGUCCAACAGAAGUGGAAGUUGUGAAAAAAUCUAUUGGACAGAGGAUUGUGGAUGAGCUGAAGCACUAUUACCAUGGUUUUCGAUUACUCUGGAUUGACACAAAAAUAGCUGCAAGGAUGCUCUGGCGAAUACUUCAUGGAAAUACGCUGUCACGUCGAGAACGGAGACAGUUUCUUCGAAUAUGCGCUGAUCUCUUCCGCUUGGUUCCUUUCCUCGUUUUUCUUGUUGUCCCAUUUAUGGAGUUUCUGCUUCCAGUAGCUCUAAAGUUGUUCCCUAAUAUGCUUCCCUCUACUUUUGAGACAAAAUCUAAAAAGGAGGAAAGAUUGAAGAAACAAUUGAGAGUAAAGCUUGAAUUGGCUAAAUUCCUUCAAGAUACAAUUGAGGAGAUGGCCUUAAAAAAUAAGGCAGCUAAAGGAAAUGUUACAAAAGAUUUUUCAACGUUCUUUCAAAAGAUCAGGGAGACUGGUGAAAGACCCAGUAAUGAGGAGAUCCUAAGGUUCUCAAAACUGUUUGAAGAUGAGUUGACUCUGGACAAUCUAACCAGGCCUCAGCUGGUGGCACUUUGUAAAUUGCUGGAACUUCAGUCAAUUGGGACAAAUAACUUUCUCCGCUUCCAGCUGACUAUGAGGUUGAGAAGUAUAAAAGCAGAUGACAAAAUGAUUGCUGAAGAAGGAGUCGACAGCCUGACUGUUAAAGAACUGCAGGCAGCUUGUCGUGCACGAGGAAUGAGAGCCCUUGGUGUGACAGAAGAGCGUCUCAGGGAACAGCUUAAACAGUGGCUAGAUCUGCACUUGAACCAGGAAAUCCCUACUUCAUUGCUCAUUUUAUCCAGAGCCAUGUAUCUUCCAGACACCCUUUCUCCAGCUGAUCAGCUCAAAACAACACUUCAGACACUACCAGAGAGUGUUGCCAAAGAGGCACAAGUCAAAGUGGCAGAAGUUGAAGGUGAAAAGGUAGAUAACAAAGCACGACUGGAGGCAACACUUCAGGAAGAGGAAGCCAUCAGAAAAGAAAAUGAAGAAAAAGAGAUGGAAAGAAUAUCUGAAGCCGCAGAGAAAGCCAAAGAAACUCUUCAGGUUGCAGCCAUGAAAGAAGUGCAAUCAGCAGUAGAUCUUGAACCAGCUGUUCUGCAAGUUAAAGAAAGUCAGAUGGCUGUGGACAGCAAACAAGAGCUGGCAAAAGCAGAUAUGGAAACGCUGAAAGAUACAGCACCCGUCCUGGAAGGCAUUAAGGGUGAGGAAAUAACUAAGGAGGAGAUUGACAUGUUGAGUGAUGCUUGUAACAAGCUGCAGGAACAAAAGAAAUCACUAACAAAAGAAAAGGAGGAGCUUGAGGAAUUGAAGGGUGAUAUCCAGGAGUAUAAUGAGGAUUUGCAAGAAAUAAAGGAGCUCUCUAAAGCUGGCCAGGAAGAAGUAGUGGAAGAAUCAAAGGCGAGCAAGCGACUGACCAAAAGAGUGAACCGGAUGAUUGGUCAGAUUGACAAAAUUAUUAAUGAGUUAGAGACGAAUGAAAAGACGGUGGAUGUAAAGCUGGAUAGAGGUGAUAGUCCUCCUGCUGGGGAGAACCUCAUCAGUAUUGCUGAGCUAAUUAAUGCAAUGAAACAAAUCCAGAAGAUUCCAGAGGAGAAACUAACAAGGAUUGCAGAGGCAUUAGACGAAAACAAAGAUGGCAAAAUUGAUAUAGAUAACGUUGUUAAGGUAGUAGGAUUAAUUGACAAAGAAGACGUUGAUAUUGGCACCAGCCAGGUUGCUGAGAUUAUGGCACUGCUUCAAAAAGAAGAAAAACUGGAAGAAAAGGAGAAAGCAAAGGAAAAGCAUGAUAAAGAAGCUGCAGAAGUGAAGAAUUAAGCUUCAGAAUCUGAAGCAAAGCCCAACUGUAACCAAAACUGUGUAUAUCUUUGUGUCUAAUGGCUACAUAUUACUGGAGCUUUUGUGAUUAUGGAAAGUGUUUUGAGCUGAUACUAGUAAUAAAUUAUAGAUAUGUUUUCUGACAUAUGGAAUGAAAUUUCCAUUCAUCAAAGAAGUGAUUUACUGUCAUUCCAUACAGAUGAAAACAAAAUAUGCUGCUUCAGCAGUGUUCCUGCCCACAAAAUCAUGUAUUUGCACUCAUUGUUGUGGUACAGUGAUCCAAAAAUGUUUCUCAUUUAUUUACUUUCAUCAUUACAUGGGGCCCAACCUUGCUCUGCUUCUACCUUCUAGCUUUUGCAGAAUUUAAUACAAACUUUCCCUUCUGUCACAAUAUCACAUUUUUUGUAACCUGUUAGUGAAGAUUCUGUGGCUUCAGUAGUAGCUCUUUAGGUUGAGCUUUAUUUAAGCUGAAUAUCACCAAGCUGUUGCCUCACUGACAGAGAAUGUGACGUUCUAAUCACUUAUAAAUCUGUUUUUUUUUCUGCUGAAGGGAAAAUAGGAUUAAUUUUUCCCUAGAACUGAAACUUCCCAUGAAGUUUGUGUCAUAUGGGUGCCUUAAAUUAAGACCAGGGAGUAGGACGUGUCACUUCUACUUAGAGUUCCAUGAAUUACUAAAGCAUUGGAAUCACAGGAGCCUUUCAAAUAGUUUCAGAACAGAUAAUGUGUUUGUCUAAAUAGCAAAAUGAAAUUAACUGUAAGGGGAAAAUGUCAGUUGUGAUCUCUUCGCGUAUAUUUUUUUAAAAUGCAGUUAGGGAGGCAUGUUUGUUGUUAUUUGUGUGACAGUUACUUACACCAUAACUAGUUCUUACCUCUCAGUUGUCAUCUCAGGUGUAACAUCACUUACCGGGUACAUUCAAAGUACUUAAAUGCUUUCAUCAAAUGACCUUCCUUGCUGUGCAGCCAGCAAGUGCUGUCUGAUAUUGGCAGUGUUUUGAUUACAACUUUGGCUUUCUAAUUAAUUGAUUGAGUCUUUUGACUUAAUACUGACAGUAGGUCAAAGUUUACUCAUUAAUGGCUGUCCUUAGUAGUAAAUUUUUAAGAUUCAAAACUAAUACACCACCUGUAGGAUGUUCAUAAUUCCUGGUAGCCUGAAUUUCCCUGAUUCUUCGAAUUUGUGAUAAAAUACGAGAGGUAGGGCUUGACCCAGCUGGGUUGUUUGUUUUUUUUUUUAUUUUGCAUCCAGUAUUAUAAAUUACAUGAACAUUCUUGAUUUUGUGUACACUGUAGAGAGCACAUCUUGUGGUGCUGUACACAGCAAUAUUGAAGGGGGGCAGUUAGUAAUUAGUGCUUUUGAUAGUAGUUGCAUAUUUUCCUAGAAAAUAUUGACUCCUAAGUGUAUUUCAGCAUGACUCUACAUUCAGUAUUUAUUGAGUUUGGCUAAAUUAUUUGUAAAAAUUCAUUUGAAGUUAGUGGAACAAAAAGUGUUUGGACAGUCUCAGGGCCUGCGUAGUCAUGGAAUCAUAGAAUGGCUUGAGUUGGAAGGGACCUCAAAGACCAUCCAGUUCCAACCUCCUACCAUGGGGUGGUUGUCCCCCACCAGAUCAGGCUGACCAGGGUCCCAUCCAACCUAGCCUUGAACUGAAUUUGUUUUGGAUUUGGCAGUGAUCCCUUAGUGGUAUUUUAACAUCCAAAGUAGGAGACUUGGUAUGCAACAACUCCCUCUACUGAAAUGCCAAAACUUUGGUACGGACCAGGAAGUCCAUCUGCCUUGGUAGUUUUAAUAAUACAGUCACCAAGUCCCUGGAACUGUUGCUCAGCAGCAUCACUUCAAAUGUCUGCAGGUAACAAAGUUUGUCCAAAGUCUAAUGGGUAUGCUAAACACAGGGGUGCUACUCCUGCUGCUCUACCAGAAGCCAGGUUUGACAAAAACCAUAUCCAGAAUUGUUUAUCCAUUUUGGACUUUUUUUUUAAAGCAAUGGUUAGCAGCCUGUAUUUAAAAAUACUGAAUAACUUCUGACAAAUUGCCAUGCCAGAAGCUGAGAAAUCCUUGCUCCCUGGGGAUGCACAAAAAGCAGUAGAUCCAUGCCCUUGUACUGCUGAUCCACCCAGAUCUGUUUGGGCAAGGCAGUAGCAACUCCACCUGCCCCAUGGGCACCAUGGCCAUCUUGGAGAUAAUGGACCAUUGUAUUCAGUUGUUUCCAAAGCAAAAUGUACAGUAGUAUGUAUAAUACGAUUCUAGAAAAAAGGGUCAGUGUUUAACUCAUAUCUUGGAUUAAUCUGUACGUUUUUGGAAGAUUGCUUACCGUAAGCGAUAUGACUGAUCUUCCUGCAAGUUACUGUAAUUAUGGAAUCAUAGAACCAUUUGAGUUGGAAGGGACCUUUAAAGGCUGUCUUGUCCAACUCCUCUACACUAAACAGGGGCAGCUACAGCUUGACCAGGUGCUCAGAGCCCCGUCCAGCCUGACCUUGAAUGUCUCCAGGGAUGGGGCAUCCACCAUCUCUCUAGGCAGCCUGUGCCAGUGCUUCAUUACCCUUACUGUUAAAAAAACAAACAAACAAAAAAAACAACAUUUUCUUCAAUCUAAAUCUCCCCUCUUUUAGUUUGAAGCCAUUUCCCUUGUCCUGUCACAACAGACCCUGCUAAAGAGUCUGUCCCCUUCUUAUAGCCCCCAUUUAGAUAAUGCAAAGGCUGCUAGCAGAUGUCCCCGGAGCCUUCUCCAAGCUGAAAGCCCCAGCUUUCUCAGUUCUCUCUUAGGGGAGCUGUUCCAUCCCCUGACACAUCAUUUUUUGUGUAAAAUUGCUUUGACAAAGCUGACAUUUCAAACCGAUGCAAGCUUGUCAAUUAAUGUACCCCUAAACAAACAAGUUAUUCUCAUAAAGUGGGAUUUACUUGGAGAUUUCAGCAUGAAAUCAGUUUGAAAAUUUUGAAGAUAGGACUUCACUAGGUGCUCUUUGAGGCUAAAAUUUUUUCUUAGCUGAAAAUGCAUGACAAAAACUAAUGUCACAAUACAAUUUUAAAACUUUUAAAUGGUGUAAGUAACAGAUUGGAAUUAAUGGACUUUGAAGUACACUAAAUUUUUCAUUUGCAUAUUUUCCAUUUGAAAGCAGCAUGUAAGAAUUUUAACAUUCCUGAAAUGUCAUCAAGUUGUUCUAACUAAAAUGGCCUGCUAGCUUUCAUGCAGUAGCAAAAGCUGAAGAAUGGUGCGGACUUGAAUGCAUACAAGUUUAAACAGGGAAGCAACAGAACAAGCUGUUUUCAGAGCUUUACUGAUUUAAGUUUCAUGCAGCUUUAAUUCACCUGGCAUUACAUUAUCUGAAUGUAGUGUUCAGGAGCUUAGGACACAUUGUUGCUUGUCUUGUCUUGUGUUUGCUGUUCACUUAAAUUUUCUGUGGACUAAAUAAGAAGGGAGCCAUAAGCAGCCGAUUCUUCUUUUACAAAGAAUGUACUGAUUAAAACAAUUCUGGUAUGCUUAUUGAACAUUUUUAGCUUUUGGACUGGUUUGAAAUUUGGCAUACUGUGAAAUUUUAAUCGUUCACAGAAAACCCAUUUCAAUGCAUGGUUUUCAGCCACAAAUGUCAGCUUUCCCCUGUUAUCUGAAGAGUUGAAGUGAUGUACGCAUCAACCACAGUGAGGCAUUUUGCAGGAAAUCUCUCUUCUCGUGCUCUGAUGUUGAAAGUAGGCAAACCCACGACAUCUAGACUUUAAUAGCUGUUCUGCAAGCUUAAAAAGCUUAGGAAGCCCUUGGUGAUUGACGCUUACCCGGUGCUGAGCCUUGACAAACAGUUCUGUACGGGUGAUUCAGGCAACGUGAGGUCGGUGGCUUGUGGCCUGGCUUCAGGUAACCUGCUUUGUCUUUCGUGUUGACCAAAAACCCAGAAGCCACAGUACUUUCAGAGAAAGGAUGACUUCCAAGUGUACAGUAAGUGGUCAGAACUUAUUCCUGAAUGAAUAUUUAAUCAGGAGAUGUAAAUAUUUGUUUGGAUAAUUAAAAGAUGUAUGAGAUUUGUGUGACGUUGUGACUUACACAGGCAAAGCCUCUAAGCUCAGAGUUGGGUUAUCAGUAAAGCCAUUGUUGGAGUAUUUUCAGAGCCAUGUGGGGUCUAAGUUUGAUUAUAUCUGUCCAAAGAGGGAAAUUAAAAAAAAAUAAUAAAUAAAAAUAGAAAAAGCUUAAAAUAGCAGCACAAGAGAAGUAAAGUAUGAUUUCUUCCCUAUGAUAACAGGUUAUAGAACCUAUUUUACUGAAGUUUUUAUUUCCAACUUACAUCAUCUCAAAAGAUGGUUUUUACUGAGAUUUGAGUAAGUCUGCCUGCAAGUGAAUAACCAGAAAACCAAUUUAAUAGGUGGUUUGUCAGCAGGACUGCAUGCAGAUUGAGAAUGCUCUCUUGGCAAGAUUGUGUAUUGCACUAUAAGCUUUGUUUGGGGGAAGAAGUUGCAUCUUUUAUACAGCUCCAAAAUACUUCUUGAACUUUUUAUCUGCAUAUCUUGCUAAUCAUUUGAACUUCAGCUUCUUCAGCAUGUAUUUAAAUCCUUUAAAAUUGUUUAUAUGAAAUUAUUGGGUGUAUUUAAUUAAAAGAACAAUCCAAUAUUCUGUUCUUUAUACGUAUAUUCAAAGGUUUACUUUUGGGUUUAAGAAUUUCAGCCCACGUUAAAAACUAUUGGUCUGUGCUCUGAGCAUACUGGUCCUGUGUUUGCCAUAAUGCAAUAUAAAAUUUUUAAGUUAAUUGGAGCUUGUGUCCUUUGUUUAGUUUUAAUAAAUGUAUCAUUUUGAAGCCUG